CAGUCGAGCGCUUUAUUCACAGCUCAGAAGCGUCCUUGGUGGUACAAUCACUACUGGACGUCCUAACCGCAGAAAACUAGGAAGAAGCGUCAAAAUGGUGAAGAUAUCUUUUCAGCAAGUAACUGCACAAAAGCCGGAAAAGGAGGACGAUGGAGACAAAGAGGAAAUUCACAUGCCCUACUCUCACGGACUCACAGCUUACUACGACAUUGCGUUGGAUAAGUGCUACGUUAUUGAACUCAACACGACAAUCGUCAUGCCACCCAGGAACCUGUGGGAGCUGCUUGUCAAUGUCAAGCGGGGGAUGUAUUUGCCCCAGACCUACAUCAUUCAGGAAGAGAUGGUGGUGACGGGGCGCGUUAGGAACAUGCGUCAGCUGGGACCCUUCAUCCACCGGCUCUGUUACGGAAAAGAAAUCUAUAGACUGAGACGCCGUAGCGGCCAAAGACGCGUCGAUAAGAGGGAGACCAGGAACUGCCACAGCAUCCGGCACUUCGAGAACACGUUUGUCGUAGAGACAAAGAUUUGCGACCGACUCCUGCUGUAGUUUCCUUCCCUUCUCCUCAACUCUACUGAGCAAAACCCCAAAACUGACCCUUCCCCAUCUGUCCAGCUUAACAGCACUUUAUCAGCAUGACAAACCUGUACAUAAUGUUAGAUAAUGCCAUAUUUGUGUGUUUGUUGGUUCAAAUUUUCCAAGGAUAAACUAUAAUGACUUUUUUCACCCAAGUGUGUUUUCUUUUCUUUUUUGUCUUCGUCUAAAUUAGAUUUUGAUUUGCAUAUUCUGAAGCAAACUGUCUAGUUUGUCGUUUCAUUUCACUCUCAGGUUAUUUGUUUUUUUUUUUUUUUUUUUUUUUUCAGUGGGGAAGUUUUCUCAAAUACUGUGAGAUUAGUCUCGGACAUCUGGCAUGCGCUGACAAAUGGUUUGCAUUUAGUUUUUUCUUCCUCUGUAAAGCCUCGGUUUGUGUAGACUGAUGGUUUCAUUUGUUCAUUAUUUUCUGUGUUGGCUAAGAAAUCCAGUAUUAGAAAAUUGUCUUCAAUGCCAAAAGAUGUAUACCUCAUAUUUUAGAAAUGUAUGACUUUAAGCCUGUUAAGUCAUAGCGUGAGUUUUUGAACGUGAUAUAAGCAAUAUAAGUUUUCUUAUCUUGGAUUUCCUAACUUGACAUCCAUUUGUUUGUAGUAUUGUUGGUUAUCUGAGCAGUUUAUCACUCUGUGUGUUGCUCUUUAAUACAUGUGAAUAAAGUUUGUAGAAAAAUGUGAGAAACUAGCCACCGGAUGUUGGUUUGAAAUGUUCCGUUAUCUCUAAGUGCAUUAUGUCUGUACUGAUAAGAACGGGCUGUUCUUUAAGUUGAAGGUGAAUUUUCUUAGGCACAGAAUUCUUUUCCUUGCUGUUCCUAUUCUUUUUUUUAUUUUUUUUUAUGUAUGGUCCAUCCAUGACUAAUGGUAGAUCCUUAGACCUCAUCUGAGGUGGAAUCAUUUCAUUUUGCUUGCACUUUUUCUAAUUGUACCAUUUAUAUGUGUUUGAUCCUCUUCCACAUACUGGUGUAGCAACAACUGGUUUUGUCUGGAAUAAACGAGGCGUUUGAUUUGACGCACUCUAUUCUGCUGCUUUGUGAAUAAUAAUCGCUUGUAAAAAUCCAUCAAUAAACUGC